AUGUCUGGGAAACUGAUUGUGGCUUUUGAAGGGUCUUCGGACCGCGUCAACCUCGUCGGGGCUCAUAUUCUCGCCGAUGCGUCCGACUUUGCUGGUGUUCACCAUGCGGGGCGAGCACUGGCAGAAGACUUUAGCCGCGUAACGAGGGGCAAGGCCAAUCCAUUUCAGCUUGUAUAUGACGCUUCGGUACAUGAAUUGAGUGCGGAUAUAGCUAUCAUUGUUGGCUGUAUCGAGUCAUGCAGGAUACUCAAGAAACUCUCGAGCGAGAACAAGCUCGACACCCGCGCGAUCAAAGGAAAAUGGGAGUCAUUCAUAACUACCGUAGUCGACAACCCAAUUCCAGGAUGCUCCAAAGCGCUGGUCAUUGCGGGAAGCGACAAGAGAGCCGCGAUAUUCGGUGCAUACACCUUAUCCCGCCAAAUCGGAGUGUCGCCAUGGUAUUGGUGGGCUGAUGUCCCGGCCAAAUUCCAUUCAGAGAUCUAUGCCCUUCCAGUCACGACGACCCACGGCGAGCCCAGCAUUCAAUAUCGAGGAAUCUUCAUCAAUGACGAGGCGCCAGCGCUCACAGGGUGGGUUCUGGAGAAGUUUGGCUCCUACAAUAGCGAGUUCUACAAGAAGGUUUAUGAGCUUCUUCUGCGUCUAAAAGCCAACUUUAUGUGGCCAGCAAUGUGGCCCGGCUAUCCCAAUCCUGGCGCAGUAUUCUUCAUGGACGACCCCGAAAACCAGCGGAUUGCUGAUGAGUACGGGAUCUGUAUAUCAACAUCACACCAUGAGCCCAUGCAGCGAGCUACAACAGAAUGGUUCGAAGAGAAACCCCGGGCAGAUGGAACUUGGGAUUGGACUAAGAGCCGCGAAGAGAUUAUUGAGUUCUUCCGAACAGGUGUCCAACGGGCCAAAGGACUUGAGUCGUACUUUACAAUGGGCAUCCGGGGUGAAUAUGACCGCGGCAUGGCAACGGAUGAUCCUGGUGCUGUCAUAAGAGAUGUACUCUUGCAACAACGCGCUCUCUUCAAGGAGGUUCAUGGACGUGAGGAUGCUGUUCCUCAAGUUCUUGCUCUUUAUAAAGAGAUUCAAGAUCUAUAUCAAGCCGGAGAGUUUACAGUACCAGAAGACGUAACCCUUUUGUUUGCUGAUGAUAACUUUGGGACUCUUCGACGAUUGCCCAGUGGAUCUGAAAUGACAAGAUCCGGAGGUGCGGGCAUCUACUACCAUUUUGAAUAUGUUGGAGCGCCUCGAAGCUAUAAGUGGAUCAAUUCAAACUCUCUGGGAAAAACUUAUCAUCAACUAUCUGAGGCUUAUAACCGCAAUGCUCGAAAGAUAUGGGUCUUCAACGUCGGCGACAUCAAGCCCAUUGAAGUACCCCUGACUUUCGCAAUGGAAAUGGCAUGGGACAUCAACUAUAUCCAUGAAAGCAGCAUUCCGCAAUUCUUCAGUAAUAUUGCCACGGAAUAUUUCAACGCAGAUCUAAGCCCAGGCAUUGUUUCUGUGUGGCACGAGUACGAUCGACUCGUCCGUCUUCGCAAACAUGAACAUAUUGACCCAGAGACUUUCUCACUGCUCCACUAUAACGAAGCAGAUGAUAUAGUCCAUCGCUGGCAGCAACUCGUUUCUGCUGCAGAAGCCAUUUACGAAAAAGCCAAUGAAGAGCAGAAAGUGGCUAUCUGGGAACUGAUCGUGCACCCAGUCAAGGCCAGUGCAAUCUUUACUCAGCUGCGAGUGACUCAGGCUCACAACCAGCUUCAUGCGCGUCAAAGACGAAACACGGCUAAUAAACUCCUAAGAAAGGCCCUCGAUUUGUUCGAUGCAGAUUUUAACCUUUCUCAAGAGUUUCACUCGCUUCUAGAUGGCAAAUGGAAUCAUAUGAUGUGCCAGGCCCAUUUGGGAUACGGCGAUACCUGGCAUGCUCCAUCCCGAGAUGCUAUUUUUGGCUUAGCAUAUGUCCAGCGAGGUCAGAAUAGCAAUCUGAUAGUGGGCCAGAUGGGCGUAGCGGUUGAAAGUCACGAAGGAGUACGAGCUGGACGCAUCAACGAAGAAAGCGAGCGCACGCAUCCAAGUCGCCGGGAUUUGGCUCCUGGUUUAACUUUGGGUUCUAUAAGUCGGUACGGUCCUGCAAAGAGAUGGUUUGAUAUCUUCACACGAGGGACACAGACAAUUCACUGGACUGCUUCUGUGCCGCAUUCUUGGGUCCAUCUAUCCCUCACUAAUGGAACCUUGAGUCCCGAUGGAGAGGAUGCUCGGGUCUGGAUCAGCAUCGAUUGGGAUCGAGUCAAUGGCGAUUUUGACGAAGAGGUUUUAAUCGCUGUGAAGUCAAAAGAAGGCGACUUCGAACUCGUCCAUUUGCCUGUUAAAAGUCACAAAGUUCCUCAAUCCUUCCAAGGCUUCGUCGAGUCGGAUGGCUGCGUGUCUAUCCCUUCCAUUGGUAUGGGCAUCCAAGCUCCAUACAGAUAUCAUCCCGAGCUAGGCAGAGGAAGCGAAGGCUCAGUUGCCAUUGACUACGCCGCUUCCUGCAACAAUACCCCUAUCACAUUCUUGGAAUACCCGAUUUACAUAUUCUCGGAUGUUCAAUCGCCAACAAUCGUGCUCUACUUUAACAUGACUCUUGAUAUCGACCCCAGCAACAAAAUGUCAUAUGAUAUCGGUAUUGAUGAUCAAAGUAUUGAGUCGCAUAUCCUUGUCAAGGAGUCCACUGAUAAAAAGGCAAAGCUCCCCGCAGAGGGCUGGCUGGACGCUGUCAUGGAUUGCGUGUGGAAGGAAACCCACCAUCUUAGUUGCCUGGAGGCAGGUGCUCAUACAAUCCGAAUCAUAGAAUAG